AUGAUCGGCGAACUCACUCCACAAAUAGAGAAAGCACUUGCCGCGGCCGCGGCAGCAGCUUCUGAGGACAUGGGAGCCCAACGACGCGAAGCGUUGCUCAAGCAGAGGAAGGAACGAGAGGAAUUGCUGCAGCGUCUCCUACGAGACAUGCGCGUGUCGGAGCGUCGUUGGCUCGUUGACCGUCAGUUUCAGCGAAACAUGGAGGAACGUAGCUCCCUAGACUCACAGCACUACUUCAGCUUCCUCGAGAAACAAAUGGAGGAGCGUAAGGCGUUCCGUCGGUUAUGUGAGACUUUCUACGAGGAGAAAAAACUUCUGGGAAUAUCUGACGAUGAAAGAAGAGUGCGAACUAGGGUGGAGAAGUAUGAGGCAAGGAAUAGACUUGACAUCCUGGAGCAAAUGGGGAAGUCCACAUCAAUCACGGAAAUCCACUCUCAUGAAAGAGCCCCGGAAAAUGAAGCAAAGGUGCCUCUAACGGUUCGACAAAUGGAUGUAUCGGAAUCAGGCGACACGUCAAAACCACCUGAAGCGCUUUACGUAGCUGGAGAGGCAGAGGUAACCGAAGGAAAUGCUGAGUCCGAGGAGGAGCCAGCAGAGAGAAAUGCUGAGACCGAGGAGGAGCCAGCAGGGGCAGCCGAAGGAAAUGCUGAGUCCGAGGAGGAGCCAUCAGAGGCAGCCGCGGAAAAUGCUGGGUCCGAGGAGGAGCCAUCAGAGGCAGCCGCGGAAAAUGCUGAGUACGAGGAGGUGCCAGCAGAGAGAAAUGCUGAGACCGAGGAGCCAGCAGAUGCAGCCGAAGGAAAUAUUGAGUCUGAGGAGGAGCCAGCAGAUGCAGCCGAAGGAAAUAUUGAGUCCGAGGAGGNGCCAGCAGAGGCAGACGUGGGAAAUUCUGAGACCGAGGAGGAGCCAGCAGAGGCAGCCGAAGGAAAUAUUGAGUCCGAGGAGGAGCCAGCAGAGGCAGCCGCGGGAAAUUCUGAGACCGAGGAGCCAGCAGAGGCAGACGAGGGAAAUGCUGGGUCCGAGGAGGAGCCAGCAGAGGCAGCCGAGGGAAAUGCUGAGUCCGAGGAGCCAGCAGAUGCAGCCGAGGGAAAUGCUGGGUCCGAGGAGGUGCCAGCAGAGGCAGCCGAGGGAAAUGCUGAGUCCGAGGAGGAGCCAGCAGAUGCAGCCGAAGGAAAUAUUGAGUCCGAGGAGGUGCUAGCAGAGGCAGACGAGGGAAAUAUUGAGUAUGAGGAGGUGCCAGCAGAGGCAGCCGAAGGAAAUUCUGAGACCGAGGAGGUGCCAGCAGAGGCAGCCGAGGGAAAUGCUGGGUCCGAGGAGGUGCCAGCAGGGGCAGCCGAGGGAAAUGCUGAGUCCGAGGAGGUGCCAGCAGAGGCAGCCGAGGGAAAUGCUGGGUCCGAGGAGGAGCCAGCAGAGGCAGACGAGGGAAAUUCUGAGACCGAGGAGGAGCCAGCAGAGGCAGCCGAAGGAAAUGCUGAGUCCGAGGAGGAGCCAGCAGAGGCAGACGAGGGAAAUUCUGAGUAUGAGGAGGAGCCAGCAGAGGCAGCCGAGGGAAAUGCUGGGUCCGAGGAGGUGCCAGCAGAGGCAGCCGAGGGAAAUGCUGAGUCCGAGGAGGUGCCAGCAGAGGCAGCCGAAGGAAAUGCUGAGUCCGAGGAGGUGCCAGCAGAGGCAGCCGCGGGAAAUGCUGAGCCCGAAGAUAAACCAGCAGUCGGGCAGCAAAAUGCAUCUGAAGAGAUCUAG